AUGAAUGCUAUCCUUGGCCCAUCAGGUUGUGGGAAAUCAUCCCUUUUGGAUGUUCUUGCUGGUCGAAAAGACCCUUAUGGUCUAUCUGGGACAGUGCUGAUUGAUGGUGAGGCACGUCCAGAUGAUUAUAAAUAUCGCGUUGGUUAUGUCGUACAAGAUGAUAUUCUCAGUGAUAGAUUAACGGUAAAAGAAAAUUUAGCUUUUUCAGCUAAUGUUCGUUUACCAAAAACUUUAAGUGAACAAGAAAAAGCAGAUAUUGUCAAACGAGUGAUUCAUCAAUUGGCAUUAGAAAAAUGCGCUGAUACAAAAGUUGGGACGGAAUUGAUUCGAGGCAUAUCUGGAGGCGAACGAAAACGAACAAACAUUGGAAUGGAACUUGUUUUGUCGCCAAAAAUUAUUUUUCUUGAUGAGCCGACAACAGGCUUGGACUCCAGUACGGCUAUUAAAGUAAUGAAACUUCUACAUGGAAUAUCAUUAAACGGCUGUACAAUUAUAUUUGCUAUACAUCAACCUCGUUAUACGAUUUACAAAUUAUUUGAUCAAAUUUUACUUUUAUCAAUGGGACUAAGUAUUUAUCAUGGACCGGCUCCCGAUAUUUUAUCGUAUUUUUCAGAAUUGUUUGGCUUAACAUGUGAACAGUAUGAUAAUCCAUGUGAUUUUCUAUUGGAUAUUGUACAAGGUGAUCGACAUUCAUCAGCAAUAUUGAAUAAUAGUAAAACUGAGGAUGAUAAAGAAGAAGACCAAGAAUCAAUACAAAACAAACUAGCUGAAACAUUGAAUAACAGAUAUUUAUUAUCUCCUUUAUGGGCAUCUGUUCAACAAGAAACAGAUAAUUAUUUGAAUCAUCACUCAUCAGAUCAGUUUUUAUAUAAAAAAUUAUCAAAAAAAUCUCGAUUCAAUGAAUUAUAUUAUUUGUCACAACGUGUUCUACAGAAUCUUAGUCGAAGCCCAGUUGUGGUCAUAACACAAAUUGGUGUUAGCGUUGUAUUUGCUAUUCUUUGUGGUUGUGUGUUCUUUGAUGUUGAUCAUACACUGGAUAAAGGUGUUCAAAAACGUGCCGGUGCUAUAUUUCUUGUUACAGUGUUUCAAGUCUUUGUUAAUCUAAUUGCACUUGAAUUAUUUUUGAAAGAACGUGCACUAUUUAUUCAUGUAAGCAUGGUUUGUUAA